AUGGCAGGAUAUUUCGCCAAGCUCACAUGUGCCAGGGCCUUUGUGUUUUUCUUCUUCUUCUUUUUGACCCUUAGCUUUACCCCUGCCGCAUACGAUUGGGCUUGCAUGGAGCGUCGCACCAGCCUCCAGGCAAUUCUGCCAAAUACGACCGAGCAUUUUGUGGAGGUGAGCACAAACCCUGCCACUGAGGCGUAUUACAAGCUGUGGAGGUAUCACGACCUCCAUGCGGAUGGGUAUAAGCACCCACAACGUCCUGGUUUUCCUGCGGUGCCUAUUGUUUACGUUCACGGCAAUGGUGGAUGCUAUGAGGACAUGCGAUACUUUGGGCGAGUUAUAGCUGAGGCGAAUGUGAAACAGCGCUAUCAACGUCUGGCCCGGUUUCAAGAGGACGUGAAGCGCACGCUGUUUGAGCUGUAUAUGCGUGAGGGAGGGGAAAUGCCUCACGACGGGGAAGAGAUCUCCAGGGAAAUUCAAGCGAGGGCGGAGGAAAUAGUGAUGGAGAGGACACCCCUGUUGGGCACAGAACUAUUUGCUGUGGAUUUUUUGGAAGAGUCGAAUACGCAUAGUGGCCUGUUGAUGACGAAGGAGGCACGGUUUUUGAAUUACAGCGUCCAUUUGCUGCUACAUCGGUUUUUGGAUCACUACCGCGAGGUGCUUUCGCAUGCCUCAGGCUCUCUACGGAGGAGCGAGGGGCGAGACAUGUAUGUCCCACGUGCCGUAACCGAUGCAGAGGCCGAAUACCUGGACAGCUUGUGUAGUCAUCACGAGCUCAACACGGAGGAGGCGAAUGAAGUGUGCUCGGUUGCGAAGGACCAGAUUCGUCGCUUCUCUUCCACUGAACGCAUACGACAAGAAGUAGAGCGAGUCCGAAAAGAAGGUAUUUGGAUAUGGACUGAAUCGGUUGGAGGCCAAUUGGCCGUGUUCGCCACUGUUCUAGAUCCACAGUUGUACGCCGGCGUCGUCAUGGCCGGGGCGCCGUUACGAUAUCCCCCAUUGCUCUUUGACACCGGAUGCGUCGACUACCACCGGGUCGUACAUGGCGCGGCAAUUGUCUCCCAUGCCUACAAUCGUACCUCUACACAGGACUGGGGCAAGAUUCUUGGUGCCACCGAUGCUGCUCAACUCCUUUGGAACUUGCGAGAGGUUCCUGCGCAGGACGUGGCGGCCAGAGUGAGUCGUGUUCGCAUGAUUGCCAUAAAUGGGGGCGCAUUGGAUGACAUUAUUCCGCCGCACUCUUCCUUUUUGCUGCGCUCCACGGGACGUCGUGCAUCUUCUGAAGACCACCAGAAAAUGAUGAGGUUGGCUCCUAUUCACGCGCGACGGCGGGAUGUCUCUACAGAGGAGUUGCGCGGUUGCGGCGUGUCACUUAGCCAUCGGGGCCUUGUCUUUUCUCUUCAACUCUUGGAUGUGGCGGCAGAUUGUUUGAUACGGGCAUCUUUGACCUCCUUUCCGAGGGAGCUUCCGCAUGCUGAGCCCGCUGACGCCUCCGGGAGAGAUGAACUGUUUCCCACUGUAGUGGAGACGCUUCCCCGCGCACUCGAUGCGUACCGUGCAGCCGAGUUUUUGUUUCUGGCCUCCCUAGGCGAAUCCACGAGGGCAGGCACGCAUGAGGUCACGUACUACAUGGCAAAUAAUUCCCAUGCCGUAAAUAACAUAAAGAAGAUUUGUGUGGAGGGUCGGGCAGUAUUGAAUUUACAGGAGAUCCCAGUGGAGGAAGAUGAUGACACAGAGUCGUGGGAGGCAUUGCAUAUUUUUAUUGGUGCCACAACCUACGCCCCGGAGGAGGUUCAUUCUCCGCAACUACGUUUGUUGCGUGUAGGAGCGAUGGAUGAGGUUCUCCCUACAGAGGUUACCUCGCGUGCUGCAACGAAGCUUCAUCUUCCCAUGCGUCGGAAUGACAGUGUCGCCGAGCCUGAGAGUGUCUUACAAACGGUUAUCAGCUUUCAGGUACUUCAGAAAAGUCGUGGAACGUCACCGGAGUGGGUGCGGCCACGGUUUUGUUUCUUCGUGGACAGUAGAAAGAUGUCUGCAAGGCAGUUUUCCUUCGUUCAGCACGACAAGAUUGAUCCCUUGGCUCGGAGGAGGAGGACUUCGACGGCGGCGGCUCCGACUGCGUCUCAGGAUGAUCCCGUUUCACUCAGGGGAAGCGACCAGCUCUCUGUGGAGAAGCACGGCAGAUUCGCCCUUAUUCACAACAUAGACAGCAUGUCGUUGGAGACAGACAUGGUUGUUCGUGUAAAUAACAGGGUUGUCUUUCCCCACGUGCUGUGUGGUUCAUUCCGAUCCUUUCGCAUUGCUUUUCGGGGCACGGAAGGAGUGGCCCUAGACGAGCCAGAAGCUCAACAGCAGUACUUCUUCGGGCCCUAUGAGGCAGAAAGACACACCUUUCAUUAUAGUUGGCGUCCGUUUUUUACAACGCCAUUUAACUUGAGUAAUGUUUACGCGGUGUACGUGAUAUCGGCGGAGGAAGAGCCAACCAUACACCUUGGAGACUUGGAGCUAAGUCAGACACCACACUGGGAUGAAUAUGAAUAUUGGGUAUGGUGGUUUAGGCGGUGGACAAUGCGACUGAUGGCGGUGUUAUCAACACACUCACUCUCUGGCAAGUUUGCAGGCUGUUAUGCUCUAUUUUUUCUGACUGUGUACAGCUGCCUCGGUGUGAAUUACUUUGUUGGAUCGAAGGCGGCAUCGCGUUGGGUCUUUCCUCGAAUUCAAAAACUGCAUCCGACUCUUUUGGUGCUAGUUGUUGUCCUGGUUUUAGAGCACCUCAGUUACACCGUGGCACGGUCUGCGUUAACCGUCUGUCUCAACCAGGAUCCUCCGAUACGCAGCGAUGAGGAGUUGACCGCGAUGAUGGGUAUAACAGAGAAACUGACGCUCAUCUUCCUCUAUGCGCUUCCUCCACACUAUGGGGCCUGCAAGUACUCCUGGAUACGCAUGCAAAGUGUGGCCCCCAGUGAUGUCCAAAUAGACCACAUGCUGCACAUGGCCUGCGCAUUUUGCUUUUCCAUAUCUAUGAUCAUUUGUGAGUUUAUUGUGUGUUGUUCCAUGUGGCCAUUUUCUUUUCUGCUUCGCGUUUUUUUAAAAUUUCGCCUCCGGUCUGCGGUUCCUGCUUGGCGAUUAGUGGCGGUUUGGUCUAUUCCCGUGAUCAUGCACAUGACUAUCCCAUGGUUGCACAUAUCAAUCACAACAACGGUGGCCUGUUUGUUGGCAUAUGCUGUGUUGUGGUGUCUCUCGUGUGAUUCCUUUGCCUGCGACGGACCUAGAUAUCGGUGGUUAUGCUUUUUGCUCACCAUGCUGCUGCACUUGACCGCGCACGUUGAGGGACUAGUGCUGGUUGUGCGGAAUUACAUUAUAGUGCCACCGGUGGUGUUAACGGACGCGGGACGCUACAAAACGCUUCCAGAGCACAUUUUGGCGUUUAUGGUGGCUCAGGGCACAUUGGCUGUCGUGUACGGCACACUGUAUCUCUCGCUCCGGCACAAUGCCUCAAUGGAGGCUGGAGCCGCAACAAAGGCAGGGAAGGUGGAGGGACCCACGCGCAAUGGAAGGCAUUUAAAGGAAUACCCCGAUGAAAAGCCCCAAAUUUCUUACCUUUUGGGCGAUUUUGCACGUUGUCAUCCUCGGGUUUGCUGGGGACUGCAAAUUUGCUCGAAACUUGUGAUGUUUUCUGCGCUCUGGGUCAGUUUGGUUUCUGUGCGCCGACCGCUGGAAGGCACCAUCGCUCUCUACGGUGUUUGCUUGACCGCGUUGUUUAUGGCGCUCGUGCUGGUUCGUUUGUGGUGA